AUGAUAUAAUAGAUUAAAAAAUAUAAUAAUUUGGAAGAAUUUAAAAGCUCUUCACUUUUAUCUCUUUAGGUUCUCCAUAUUCAAAUGAGAAAAAUUGGAGAUGAAGGUGCAUCAGGCUUAGGUUCUGCUUUAGCAAAUUGCAUUAAUCUGUCAAAUUUGACACUUGAGCUUAGUUACAAUUAAAUUGGUGCAAUUGGUGCAUCAGGCUUAGGUUCUGCUUUAGCAAAUUGCAUUAAUCUCUCAAAUUUGACACUUGACCUUGGUGAAAAUUAAAUUGGUGAUGAAGGUGCAUCAGGCUUAGGUUCUGCUUUAGCAAAUUGCAUUAAUCUCUCAAAUUUGACACUUGACCUUGAGUAAAAACAGUUUAUUUGUUUUGGAUUGUGA